AUGUUUCCAAAAUUUGCUUGUGGAUUUACAGUCGUAAUACCAUUGCUGUUGACACUCCAAUCAAAUAAUAUCACCAUAAGAGCUUUAGCAGACAAAACUCAAACGUGUGGGGAUGGUCGUUACAAUGAUGGAGGUGUUUGCAAAGAAUGCCCGGCUGGGUUUUUUGGUACCAACUGCUCAGCUGAAUGUCCUGCAUUAUAUUACGGCAUUGGGUGUCUCCAGAAUUGCGAUUGUUCUCCUUGUCAUCAUGUCUACGGCUGUGUUUCUUCUACUCUUAUAACAGAAACAACGAGCCAUGGAUAUGUGAACAAAGACGAAAUAAAGGACACAACUGAAAAACCAGAAUCAAUCAGCUGUAAAAACGAAAACAAAGAUAAUAUAAAAUGCAAAGACCAAAUGCAAAAACCAGAACACAAAACAAAUUUUGAUAGAAAUGUAGUCAUUUUUGCUGGAUCUGCAUUAAGUUUUAUUUUAAUAUUAGCAAUUUUACGAGAGAUAUGUCUAGUCUGCCGAUUUCCUAGGCCUACUGGCCUACUGAGUACCUCUUCUGACGUUUAUACCGAUAUUGCUGAAGUGGAAAAUAGAGUAACAGAAUAAAAUAAAACUGUAUAUGCCACAAAACAAUUCAAAAUUUUUUAUUAUAAUACAUGAAAUUAUUAUUUUUUAUAUUUUAAGAUUAAUUUUAGAUGAUUUAUGUAUUAGUAAGUUGAAGAACGGUAAGGUUUUUGAAGUAAAUUUGCUCUUUA